UUUUUAGAACGCGCAUGAGCUCGGCUCUUUACUUCCUGGCUGAGCAGGAGGCUGUUUUUUUUAAUCAACAUGGAUGAAACUCCAACGAAACCGUGUCCAAGCGACGCUGUAAAAAUCCCUGAACGCGUUUUACGCCGGGAUCAGGCGAGACUGGAAGAGUUAGAGCGCCGCAAAAAUGCCAAAGAGAGCCAAGCGGUUUCGGAGGAAAAGAUCAGUUACUUCAACGCCACGUUUAGCGCGGAGAAGGCUGCUAUCGAGGAGUUGCUAUCAAGCUGCACCGAGACCGACCACCAAAAAGCCACGAAGGCUUUAGAGGAGGCGACAAACAUGAUCCAAAACAUCCAGAAGUUCGUGAAUGACAGCACGGUAUUUCUAACACAGUACGAACUGAGACAGGCACAAGCAUCUCUGCAGCAAUUGCAAGAGUCCAUAGCUGAGAAAAGAGCAGAGGUGAUGCCCAAAAAGAAAUUCGCUUUCCGGUCCCGAACCGCCGUUGCGAGUCAGCAGCCUGCAGUCCCUCCCUCCAGCAGUGAAGGAAAACCAGAGGUAGAUCCCGGUCAUUCUGCGGUGGAUUCUGCGAUCCCUGCUGAACAGUGUAGCUUCUCAAAUGCCCACAGUGAAGUAUUAAUCAAACAGUCAGAAGAGAUCCAGCAACGGGAUGUACUGUUGUCUCACCUGACGAACUGCAAGGUGAGACUUUAUGGCUCACCAAGUACCCUGCAUAUUAAAAAUGUGAAGGGUUGCCAGAUCCUCAGUGGGCCUGUGUCCAGUUCAGUUUUCAUUGAUGAGUGUAGAGACUCCACUCUGGUAUUGGCCUGUCAGCAGCUGCGCACCCACAACACCUCGUCGACCCGAAUUUACCUCCAUGUCACUAGCCGAGCAAUAAUAGAGGACUGUCACGGAGUCUGUUUUGCUCCUUUUAACUGGACGUAUCCUGCACUGGAUGAUGAUUUUCGAGUGUCUGGACUGGACCCCAAAAGAAAUAAUUGGUCUCAGGUGGAUGAUUUCAACUGGCUUGCUGCUGGAACGCCUUCGCCUAACUGGACUGUAAUUCCAGAGUCUGAGAGGAUACCUUGUUGGGACGCUGCAGAGCCCGAAGCAUGAUCUGGCAUUUGUAUUCUUCUAAACUGAAAUGUUCUUGAUUAACAAUGUAGGCAAAUUCUGAUCGUCAUGCCUCUACUAACAGAUUGCUCUACUUAAUGAGAUGUCUUAAAAUCCACUUUCAAAAUAAACAUGGCCAUGUUAAAUUAAUUAUGACUUUCAUUCAUUAUUCACUAGGGGUGUAACGAUAUAUCGUGGUACGAUAUAUCGCGAUGCAAAAAUGUUGCGAUAUGUAGAGUUAUGGCGAUGUUUAAAAAAAAUUGUUACGAUAUGACUUCCAUUUUAUCCUAUAGCUUGUUUGCAGUCAUGUGAUUCUGAUGACAUGUGAAAUUCAGAAAGAGAGCAGGAAGUGAAAAGCAGAAUGGAGAAGAUGGAGGAAAGUCCGUACUGUACUGGUUUAGAUACUAUUACAAAAGAAAGGUAUAAACAGAAAAUCACAACAUAUGUUGGACGUGAUCCUUAUGUUAUGAAGAGGA